CUUCUGCCGGGUGCCGCCCUCCCGCCCUGCUACCCCGGCCGGGACCCAGCGGCGCUGGAGACGAAGCGGAGCGCGGAGCUCAGAGCCGGAGCCCGGGGCAAAGUUAAGAAGCUGCUUUGACUACAAAAAGAGCCUGACUCAGUUCGCCUAAUUCUUCUUUAAACAGAAGAUGAUAAGUAAAAGUGAAUCCUAUACUUCAGGGCAGGAAUCUGUGACCAACUCAACCUGGCUGAUUUACAUAUUAAAAGAAUGGAUUGGUCUGGACUACCACUAUCCAAAUUAUAUGGGCUCCUUCUUGUGUGUGUCACUCACAAUAUUAUUUUUUCCUCAUUUACUCUGGUUUAUCAUUUGCAUCUUUUGUAAUAUUUGCCUUCACAUUUACAAGAGAAAGAACGGCCUAGAUGAUGAUUUUUCCAAUAAAUCGUGGGACAAUGGAAGGCUAAUUGUGUCACGCAUAAUUAGUAUGUAUGGAAAGCUAUGGCACGGUUAUGAAGUUCAUGGUAUAGAAAAAAUACCAGAAGGACCGGGGCUUAUUGUUUAUUACCAUGGAGCCACUUCUGUAGACUACCACUUCUUUGUCUGUAAUCUCUAUAUACAGACGGGCAGAGUCUCCUAUUCAGUAGUUGACCGCAGCUUACGUAUUAUACCAGGCCUACAACUGUAUCUUAAACUGCUUACUGCAGUGUAUGGAGGGAGAGAACAAUGUGUUGAAAUUCUGAAGAAAGGCAACUUACUGGGUGUUGCACCAGGUGGAGCUAGAGAAUCAUUCUUUAGUGAUGAAAACUACGGUAUCUUGUGGGGUAAUCGUAAAGGUUUUGCUCAAGUGGCCAUAGAUGCAAAAGUGCCCAUCAUCCCUUUGUUUACUCAGAAUAUUCGGGAAGUCUGUAGAACAUUUGGAAUAACAUGGUUUAUUAGGUGGUUGAAUGAACGUUUUCAAUUGCCAUUCGCUCCUGAAUAUGGAUGUUUCCCAGUCAAACUUUGCACAUAUAUUGGAGAUCCCAUUCCCUAUGAUCCAAAUAUAACAGCUACGGAACUAGUUGAAAAGACAAAGAUUGCCAUCGAAGCACUAAGAGACAGACACCAAAAAUUACCAGGAAAUAUAUCAAGGGCUCUAUUGGAACGAUUUGAUAAACAUCAGAAAGAUGACUAGUGUGUUUACAUAUGUUUAAAAUGCACAUACCUUGUUGUAAAAGUAUUAAUAACUACAUGUUACUGUACUUUGAACUUUUAAAAAAAUUACAGUUUUUCUCCCAACAAGGGCUAUCUC